CUCACAGGAGGACGACACUCAUGGCCAAUGAGACAGAAGAUCAUGAGACUCAAUACUGCUUUCCUGCUGUUAACUCAUCGUGCAUCAAGACCAAACGCUCCACACUUGAAUCCAACGUCAUGUAUGUGUCUUUUUCACUUCUGUCUGUAUGGACCGUGUUUCUGAACCUGCUGGUGAUCAUCUCCAUCUCUCACUUCAAGAAGCUUCACACUCCAACCAACCUGCUCAUCCUCUCUCUGGCUGUGGCCGACAUGCUCGUGGGACUCAUCGUGAUGCCUGUAGAGGCCGUCAAGCUGAUCGAGACCUGCUGGUACUUUGGAGACAUUUUCUGUGGACUGUUUUUAAUCAUCAUGGGACUGCUCCUCUCAAUGUCUUUUAAUAAUCUUAUACUUAUUGCUAUUGACCGUUUUAUUGCUGUGUGUUACCCUUUACAGUAUGAACGAAAAAUAACGACAUCUAAAACUUUAAUUUCCAUCUGUCUCUGCUGGUUUUUCUCCCCCGCUUAUAUCACCACAGUUAUCACUGUCAACAAAUAUAUUAUCACCUCGAACAGAACAGAUGGGUGUUAUGGAGAGUGUACCAUUGUAAUGGGUUUUGUAUGGAGAGUUGUUGACCAGAUUGUGGGUUUCUUUUUGCCUUUUAUUGUGCUCAUCACUUUCUAUCUGAGGAUAUUUUGUGUCGCACAACAGCAUGUGAAAGUUAUAAACUCUCUGAUAAAGAGUGGAAAACAUCUAACAGAAGGUUCAAUAAAAAGGAAGUCAGAGAGUAAAGCUGCUUUUACAUUAGGGAUCAUUGUGCUUAUUCAUCUUCUCUGCUGGUCAAGCUAUAUUUUUUAUCUUGCAGUGAGUGCAGAUGCCCCCUCUGUCUUAAACUUAAUGAUCUGGACUGUUUAUUCUAGCUCAGGUUUAAAUCCUCUUGUGUAUGCUUUAUUUUACCCCUGGUUUAGGAGGGCAUUAAAACACAUCUUGACUCUUAAAAUAUUCAGUCCAGCAUCCUCUCUGGUUAAUAUUCUUGCAGAUCAUCAUUCAUAA